AGCUACAUAGGUUUUCGGACGCAGCCACAUGUGUGUAUGCUGUGGGGGAGAACACGAUAGAGCUUGAUGUAACGAGUAUCUUCGAGUAUCUUUGGAGAAACAUUGGCUUGGCUUUUCGUAGAUGGCGAGAACUGAGGGAUUUGAAAUGUUGUCAAAGUGACGCAGUGAUGGCGUUUUUAUUACUCGAAAGUUUUCAGCUUGCGGCUGAGAAAGAGUGUAGAAUUCAAUCCUCUCUAGUCUUUUGGGUUUUUGUAGUUUCACACAAUGAAGCUAAGCAGAAAAGAGGUUCCUAUUUAUGGCCAAGCAAAGGUUUUUGCACUGAUCCCCUCAGUUCAGGAGGAAGAGGUGUUUGUGGUUCUAGAGGGCUCAACUCUACUACAUGUUCUGCAAACUAGAGUUCACUCCAUGCUGUACUUCAUUGUCCCAGGCCAUAAUCAGUCCGAGAUGGUGCGUGUCCGAGCGUAUAUAUUUACAGAUGAUGCUGUGAUGUGUGUGGGUGUGUCUUCUCUGACAUACAUGGAGGAUGAUGCACAGGAGCUGGCUGAAUACCUGGUUACCCAUAGCGACUGCCUCAGCACCACUGAGCACAGAGAUCUGAUUGAUCGAUAUGGUUUGAAAGACAGCUCUACACAGGCAGAGAUGGAUGAAAGGGUCACACUCGCUCUAGCCAACCUACACACCCCUCACAACCUGCUCGGACAAUCAGCACAAGAAUCUCUCCUGCAUGUAUGUGUGCGUCUGGGAUUUGUGAGCGCCUCCGAGUUCCUUCUCUGUCAGCCUGGUGCCCUGAUGACUAUCCGCUCGGCCAAUCAGGACGGGGACACGCCCCUUCAGCUGGCCCAACAGACCAAUCAACAUGCUCUGAUAAAACUCCUCAAGAACCCUCCAAAUCCAUUAGCCACGCCCCUGGCGGGCGUGUCACAUGUUUGGGCGGGUAAAUCCCACCUCCUCAGGUUUAGCCACGCCUCUGGGAUGUUGUCUCUGUCUGUGUGUGUAUCCGAGUCCUCUUGUACUACACAAACCUUACAGUCAUCCAUAUUACUGCUGCGAGAUUGUGUGAGGGACUCUGCGCUACUAAACAAGAUCAAAGGUCUGAAAGUGGAUACAGAGAGAAGAGCUGAAAGCAACACUGUGUUUUCAUACUCUGGAUCACCAUAUUCUCUGCUUCACAAUGUGUGGCUUAACAACACCAGUCAGGAUGAAGAUGAGGAACUCUUAUCAUCUGACGACUCUGAUGGACUCACAACUCGUACUGAUUCAACAACCAGUUCGCUCACUGACUCCAGCGUUACCAUUACAAACAGCAUCAACACCCUGCAGGCUGGCGAGGAUCAGACAAUUUAUCCUCAGGACUCAUUUGAUUCAUUUGAAUCAGACUCUACAGCGUCUGAACAAGACUUUCCAAUCCAAGACAAACUACCCAUCUGUAGUCCACAGGACGAGCUAUUCCCCAUCAAUGAUGAAGAAACAUCCACAGACAUCAGAAGUAUGUGGUAUAGCAAAUCAGAGGAAGAAGAGAAAGAGAAAUUCAUCCCUACAACCAAAAGUGAGACAGAGAAAUAUAAAGUGAGUCGAACACUAAGCUUCCUCCGGAGCCGGAUGGUCAACUCCAAAAUAAAAAGCAAGGUAAACUCAGAGGUUUCCACAGCCUUGCACCAACUCUGCCCGCCGAAGCAGCCUGUUAAAGCAGCUUGUGAAGUCUGUGAGGGAGCUGACAGUGACGAACCACAGGAGUGCACAUACUGCUCCAUGAUCAUUCAUAAGACCUGCUGUGGUUCUGCCCCUCUGUGUUUAAAGAAUCCUAAUCAGGCACUUCUGAAAUGCGCUGACUCUUCAAUAUUACUAUACUCGUCCAGUCACAGUUCUCCAUCUCUGUCUCUGGUCAACAACAACACCACCGUGUCACACAGAAAGCGGAGUAACAGUGAGGGAUGUGGCCAUGAUUUCGCUCUGCGGAAAAGCAAGUCUUUGAUUGGACAUUCUUCUGGAAGCCCCACCUCCAGUGAGUUAAUAGAUUCUGAUGAUUCGUCAGCUCGCGUAUCAUUUGACUUCUCUGCUGAAUCUUGGAGCGCUGUUGUGGAAACUGAAUUCAGUAGGACACUGGACAAAGAGGUGGUCAAGAGACAGGAGAUCAUCUAUGAGCUGAUGCAGACAGAGUUUCACCACGUCCAGACUCUCUCUGUUAUGGCUGAUGUUUUGAGGCCGGGACUGUUGGAGGAAGUGCAGCUGGAGCCGGACACAAUUGGGCAGAUUUUUCCCAGGCUGGAUGAGCUCUUAGCUUUGCAUAGAAACUUUCUUAAAGACAUGGAGACCAGACAGUGGGCGUCUAUUCACCCAGGAAGUCACAAGAACUACAUAAUCCGACAAAUUGGUGAUAUUCUGCGUCAACAGUUCUCAGGCUCAAAUGCUUCCCAGAUGAUAGAGUUGUAUGGCGAUUUCUGCAGUCAUCAUACAGAAGCACUGAAAGUUUAUAAGCAACAACUACAGAGCAACAGGAAACUACAAUUAUUUCUCAGACAGCUGAGUACCAACUCUGUCAUCAAACGUCGUGAAAUCCCAGAAUUCCUUUUGCUUGUUACCCAGAGAAUCACAAAGUACCCUGUUCUGGUAGAGAGACUCCUUCAACACACUGAUGAUGGGAGUGCCGAGCGCUAUGAUGUUGCAGUGUCACUGGAGGGUCUGCGGGGGUUGAUAGAGGAGGUGGAGCGGCGUGUGGGAGAUUAUGAACGUGCAAAGAAACUACAGGACAUUAUAAGUCGCCUAGACAACAAGAGCUGCACUCGCCUGAAGAAUGGAGAGAUUUUCGGCAAGCAAGACCUGCAGAAAACACACCGAACUCUCACACACUCUUCAGUGCUGACUUGUAGGACCACCUCUGGCAGACUAAGAGAUGUUCUUGCGCUGCUCCUCACAGACGUUCUGGCUUUCCUACAGGAGAAAGAGCAGAAGUUUGUCUUUGCCGCACUGGAGCAGAAGCCAUCUGUGAUGCCCUUGCGAAGGCUCAUUGUGAGAGAAAUAGCCAAUCAGGAGAAAGGAUUAUUUCUCAUCAGUGGCGAUUGCUCUGUGGGGCCGGAGAUGUAUGAGAUACACACACAGUCUCGUGAGGAGCGUAACACGUGGAUGACACUGCUGAGGCAGGCCACUGAGAGCCUUCCUGAUGAUCAGACCAAGAAGAAUGAGGGGGAAAUCAAAGUCAAGAAGAUACAGAAAUUACAAGAGGCGCUGUUCUCUCUGGAUCUGCAGCUGUGCUCUGUUAUUGAGGAGAAGUUAAGGAUCUGUAGAGGGACUGGUAAAUGGAGUCUGGCUACUUGCCGUCUUCUCGUUCAACCCCACCCUGAAAACACUCCUCAGGGUGUCACAUUACUGUCUGAUGCACAGGAAGAGGUGGUGAAGCUGGCUAUCACUUUGCUAUCUUGGCUUUUUCCUUGCAUAUGGGCACCAAGUAACCAUGACAGUUUUGACCAGGAAAGAGCAAACUAUAAAGAAUGUAAUUUGCCAGUUAGGAGCAGGAGGAGUGCUCUGGUAGGAACAGGGGUGGGGCCUCUUGCAAUAGCCCCGAUAAGCCCUGCCCACCAGACUUUUUUAAAGGUAGCAGAGGGUGUUCACAACUUAAUCCAUAUACUCUACAGUCUGCAGGCUGCUAUAAUAAUCCAAGACAGCUGCUUUGAAGUUCAAAAUGUCCUCCUCCUGGAGGGAGAAGCUCCGCCCCCUAGUCGUACUAGUGAUUAUGAUGUCAAAAGGCAGAGUUUGGAUGGCGGGACUGUGGCUGUGCAGCAGAAAGAACUGGAGCAGAGAGAGAGAGAGCAUGCUGAACUGAUGGACAGACUGGUGAAAGAAGAAGAGCAGUUUGAGGAGGAACUGUGGCUGUUUGAGGAGAAUAUGAGGAAGCUGAGAGAGGAGGAGAAGAGAGUGAAGGAAGAGAGAGAGAGAUUAAAAGAAGAGGGGAAGAAACUGGUGAAAGAGAGGAAGAGUCUGGAGACACAGAUAAGACUCAUUCAACAUGAUUCAAAUCACUGACAAGGCAUUCUGCCUUUUAACAUAUCACAGGAGAAAUGAAGUGCAUUUAUGUGUCUGUAUUAAAGGAUUAGUUCACUUUCAAAUGAAAAUACCCAAGCUUUACUCACCCUCAAGCCAUCCUAGGUGUAUAUGACUUUCUUCUUUCUGAUGAACACAAUCGGAGAAAUAUUAAUAAAUAUCCUGACGCAUCCAAGCUUUAAAAUGGCAUUGAGCGGGAUCAAUGAGAAUGAGCUGAAGAAAGUGCCUCCAUUCAUCCAUCAUAAACGUACUCCACACAGCUCCGAGGGGUUAAUAAAGGCCUUCUGAAGUGAAGCGAUGCGUUUGUGUAAAAAGAUAUCCAUAUUUAACAAGUUAUAAAGUAAAAUAUAUAGCUCCAUAUAAACUUCCCUCAUCCACUUAACGAAGUGGAAUGCACUUAAAAAUGGUGGCAGGGAUUCCCCAAGGGGAAGUGCUUAGGGAAGUUCGCGAGUGCGUCUAAAAUUGUGGAACGCAGCCCUGGUUAGUCUUAUGGUGUUUUUCGGGAAAUGCAGCCCUCUUCCAAAAAGAGUAAUAUGCUCUGAUUGGUCGGCUGUGUUGUGAUUGGUCAACCGCUUUUGGAAAUGUCACAGCCCUUUUCAUAAUCAUGAGUUUCAACAAACUACUAAUGAAACUCAACCAGGCUUCACCCCCUUUUUGUUCCUCUUUACACCUGGGAUUAAUAUGCAUUUUGGUCGAUCAGAUCACAAGAGGAUGAGACACAUUCCCGUUUACACCUACUGUUUAAAUCCAUCUCUUUUGUCUACUUUCAACCACUUCUGUCCUGAUUUCUUUGAGGGGAGGGUCUAUGAGCAGGUAAAUGUAUGUUUUUUUUUUUUUUUCAGAUCUUUUGAUCUAAUGGAUGAAUAAGCUUGAGCAGUUUACAUACAAACACGACCGGAGAAAACAGAAAAACAGCAGCAGAGCAUCAGCUUUCGUUUCUGCUCUGAAAGCCGCAAAACCACGGUGAACACUGUGUUAGAAAUCUGGUAUGGUGGGAGAACAUUGUGCUUGGUAAGUUUUUCUUCUUUAAACCAAACUUGGGUCUACAGCCAAAGUUUAAAUCCUGUCUGGCUAGUACGCUUCCCAUAAUGUUUACACAUUAGGUCAGUAGGCGGAGAGUAGGCGCUCUUUUGUGGCUGUUUAAACACAUUCGACCACAUGAUGAGCGUCUACACUACAAAAGCAAUCCGGCCGAAUGCGUUUGACUACCUCUGGAAGUGGUCGAAAGUGGACAAGCUCCAAACGUUGUAGACCCUAUUUACACCUGUAUUUAGCGUCGUCCACUUGUGAUCCAAUCGACCAAAACACAUCUUAAAGACCAAGAUCCUGAGUCCAAUUCUGCUUGGUGGUGAACUGUAUCAGAAUUGUACCAGACUAUAAAUCUUUAUUUAAGGCUUUGGUGGUGACACAGCAAAUCAUGAGUCAAAAGGAAAUAUUAUGGCUCCAUAAACUCCAGUGUGAAAUUAAUAGGGUAAGUUUCUAGCGUCAUUCUGUUUGUUGACAAAAUCUUUAACAUUUUCACAUGUCUGUGACACAUUUUUUCCUUAUAUUUCCUAACUAUAAUGAUCAAAAAAAAAAAUUUAAAUGACACAAAAAUCACCAUACACUCAUUUUCAAACAAAAAACACCACAUGGUAACUUUGUAAAAUAUUUAGAAAGACCCCAGAUUUCUACCUUUUUAUAAAGUGAAGAACCAUCUUUAUGUUAAAAUUGCUGUCAAUAGAGUUUUAACUGGUUACAGGCCGGACAGACU